UCCCUUCACCCAAGCCCUUGUUCCGGAAAGCAAGGGGAAGGCGCGGGGGAUGCCCCCAUAAAUAGGUGACUUCAGCACUGACUGCAGGCGGAGGAGGAAGGCGGCUGAGGAGCAGGCACAGCAGCCCUACCGGCAUCCAAACGGCAGCACCGGGGAGAAGGGGCGGCGACCAUGAGUGAGGAGGCCACCGAGAACUCCCUGGAGAGCAGCCUGCGGCGGCUGAAAUGCCACUUCACCUGGAACUUGUUGGAGGGAGAAAACUCCUUGGAUAAUUUCGAAGACAGAGUGUGCCACCAGACCGAGCUGCAGAGCGGCGAGUUCAGAGCCACCACGUACAACCUGCUGGCCUUCAUAAAGCACCAGCGGGGCCAGGGCGAGGAGGCGCUGCAGUGCCUGCAACGAGCGGAAGACCUGAUCCAGCAGCAGUACCCUGGCCAAGCGGAACUCCGAAGCCUGGUCACCUGGGGCAACUACGCCUGGGUCUACCACGGCAUGGGCAGGCUCUCCGAAGCCCAGGCCUACGUGGACAAGGUCCGAGAGGCCUGCAAGAAGUUCGCCAGCCCCUACCGAAUGGAGAGUCCCGAGCUGGACUGCGAGGAGGGGUGGUCACGGCUCAAGUGCGGGAGGCAGCACGCCGGCAGGGCGAAGGCGUGCUUUGAGAAGUGUCUGGACAAGCGCCCGAAGCACCCGGAGUCCACCUCGGGGCUGGCGAUCUGCAGCUUCCGGCUGGACGAGUGGUCACCGCUCAAGAAUCCCGUGGAGGCGCUGAGGCGGGCCAUUCGGCUCAACCCUGGCAACCAGUAUAUCAAGGUCCUCCUGGCUCUGAAACUGCAGAAGAUGAACGAAGACGAGGAGGCGGAGAGGCUAGUAGAAGAAGCCGUGGGGAAAGCCCCCUGUGCCAUCGACGUGCUUCGUGGGGCAGCGAUGCUGUAUCGGAAGAAAGACGACCUGGACAGCGCCAUCGAGCUGCUCACCAGGGCCGUGGAAUGCUCGCCGAACAACGCCUACCUGCACUGCCACCUGGGGGUGUGCUACCGGGCCAAAGUCCUCGAGUGCGAGAAGAGAGGCCUGCCGGGCAGGUAUGGGGACAGGGAGGACUACCAGGAGCUGAUCAGACACGCCGUGAAGCACCUGAAGAGAGCUGAUGAGCUCAACGGGACUCUGGUCAACGUGGGCUCCUUCCUGGCCUGCCUCCACCUCCAGGCGGGCCAGUACGAGGAUGCAGAGCAUUACUUCCAGAGGGAAUUCGGCAAAGAGCUCACGGCUGUGGAACGGCAGGUGCUCCACCUUCGAUAUGGCAACUUUCAGUGGUUCCAGAGGAAGUGUGAGAGCAAGGCCAUCCACCACUUCAUGGAGGGUGUGAAAAUAAACCAGGACCCGAAGGCCACCGGGAAGAUGGAGAACAAACUGCGAGGCAUCGCCAAAGCCAGGCUUUCCAGGAAUAGAGAUGAUCCCCAGGCUUUGCGCAUCUUGGCAUGUCUCCAGGAGCUGGAGGGGAAGAGGCAGCCGGCAGGUGAAAACUCUGAGAGGGGUGUGAACGGCCGCCUCAGCCCUUCCGCGUCUUUGGCGGAUGAAUGAGGAAUCAGGAUGUGGUACCCACAGGGCUACUCCUGGGAGGGAGGCAAUACCCCUCCUCGCAGUUGGUACCAAAAUACUUAACUACGAGUAUGGCAUAGGCAUGGACUGAGAGAGUGCCCACAGGACUGGAUUGGGUUGACUUGCUCAGGGAGUUCCGGAAGAGGGACUAAAUUGAUGGUGGUGGUAUUGAAGGGGGAGAGGGGAGUAAGGUCUUGUGGCUUGGUAAAGGGGCCAUAUCCCAGUUGACAUCAGAAACACUGGUCCAUUUUUGCAAUGCUUUUCCAUCACUGGUGUCAUUUGAGAUCCGCUACUGGAAUGUUCUAUGUUCAUCCAAAGGCUGGGGACCAAUGCUUUAGAUGGAUGUUCGUUCUCUCUCUCUCUCUCUCUCUCCCUCUCUCUCUCGCCUUCUUUCUCCACUACCCUAGGUUGUCCUUAAUCUAGAUUGCCCUUCAUGACAGCAGUUCAAUCGUCCUAUUAGCUGAGGUGGGACCAUAGUUUGAGAACUAGAGAGCAGAGAAUAAGUCCAAUCCAGAAGGGACAUGUCUCUGAGAAGUAAUGGGGUCAGUCCAUCACACUACAGCAGUUCAAGAGGCUCUUGGGGGAGAUUUUGCCUUCACUCUGCUCUCUCUGUAAUCGAAAUACAACAUGGGAAGAAUUUUUUU